AUGGUCCGCAUAAAACCAGCCAACGUUGUCCUUCUCCUUUCAUUACUUCUUACCGAUGGCCAUGCUGCGGAUACCAAACUCUCCGAAAGCCUUGUAGGCUGUGAUGAAGUGUCAUGUCCCAAGGAAAGCUACUAUGAUCGUUGCACAGUCGGCGACAAGACAUUCCUAGGUAUCGGUCUAGCUCGCAUCCCCGACGUCCCUUCAACACUCGAAGGCCUGUCUCUUAUCAAGGGGGUCAACGUUUCACACGGUGAGGAGGGAAAGAGGCCAUUUAACUCAGCAUAUUACCUUGGAACGCCGUCAGAGCUCGACGUCAAAGACUUAAAUGGCUGUGUCGUGACCUUCAACGACCCCCCUGAGAAACAAUUCGAUGGCCCCAUAAAAAUAGGCAAGGACAGAAACAUCACCGAUGUCCAAGCGGCACGUGGUACUUGUCCGGACAUCAUUGAGCAGAGGUGCAUCGAUACGCUUACGGAACGGGCGCGCAGCGUUACUAAUGCCACUUCGACUGGGAAUGUGUGCGCGGCGUUGGAGCGCGAGCUAAAGCAGAAUACAUUUGAGGGAUGUGGGGAUCUCGGUGGGAAGGGUAAGGGUUUGGGGAACUUUACCGUUACCUCGUUUGGGGAUCUUUUGACUGUGAAGAACUCGACAGAUUGUUGGCCUAUUAAGCCCAAGUCUGAUGGUUUGGCUCUGAUCACAGAGAAUACUGCCGUGGGAAACCGUACCGUGGAAUCGAUGUAUCAAGAGGCCUGGAAAAUCACCCCAGUGCUGACUGUGUUUGUUGGUAAGGGCAAUAGCAGCCUGGUGGAUAGAGCCUCUUCCCAGAUGACAUGUUUGAAAGUCGUGACUGAAGAGAACCCCGAAGAAGAGGAGAACAGCUCUAAGAACUCAGCAUACAUGCUUAGCGCCAGCCCGCAUGUCUCAGUUAUGGCCAUGCUCAUAGCUGCCGCCUGGGUAGUGCUCUAG